UCCACCAUCAAUACUCUCACAAGCCAAAAAAAGAAAAAAAAGCCUUUUUUUUUCAAAAAUGGGUAAGAAAAUGAAGCUACCUUUUCUCUCAAACAACAAAGAAGAAGCAGUACUACCAAGGCAUCAUCAUCCAUGGCAAUGGGCCCUGUGCAAGCAGCCCAAGACCCUCUCUUUCCGGGCCGGCGGAGACGACGUCUUCAAGACCGUCAACUCGGUCUUCUUCGACCUGAAUUCUGACGGCCCCGACACGCCGGAGUCGUUCUUCACGAACUCCUCCUCACAGUAUUCCGCGAGCAGCUUCUCCACCACCAGGUCCGGAGACCAGGAGGACUCCGAACAGCAGGGCUCCGCGGAAGAGGUGAUCCUCCACGGGGCCCAGUCGGAGAGGCUUUUCUUCGAGCCUGCAGGCGACUCUAGGUCCAUUUUGAAGGGAGAAGAAAAGGCGGCAGCCGCGACAACAACAGGCGACCGCGGCGAUAAGGUUUUGUUCAAGGAGAGCAGCGUGGUGCUGGCGAUGGAGUCCGAAGACCCGUACGAGGACUUCAAGAGGUCGAUGGAAGAAAUGGUGGAGAGUCAUGGGAUGAGGGAUUGGGAGUGUUUGGAAGAGCUGUUGGGGUGGUACUUGAGGGCAAAUGGGAAGAGGAAUCACGGGUUCAUAGUUGGAGCCUUUGUUGAUUUGCUUGUUUCCAUGGGAGGAGGGCCUCCUUCUUCUUCUCCUUCUCCUUCUCCUUCUCCUUCUCCUAAUACUAAUAUUUGUGAUGAUUCUGCUUCAUUUUCUUCUGCGUAUACUUCUUUUUCUUCUCCUUCUCCUUCUUCUUCUUCGCCUCUAAAGGAGGAUGAAAUUACGGGGGAAGACGACACGAUCAUCUUGUUUUGAUUAUUUCUUGUUUUUUCAUUUUUUUUUCUUUGUUUUUGAACAUGUCGUUUGAUGUAUAUUGGUAGCUUAAUUAAAGAAAACCCUCUCCUUUUUUCGCCCGUUGGGGAAGGAGGUAUCGAUGAAAA